UUGGCAGGCGGAUGGGAGAAGGCGGGGCGCGGCGGCGCGGUUGCUAGGCAGACUAAGAUGGCCGCGCUGGACAGGGUCAAGGUGCUGGUGCUGGGCGACUCCGGUGUGGGGAAGUCAUCGCUCGUGCACCUGCUGUGCCACAACGAGGUGCUGGGAAACCCGUCGUGGACGGUGGGCUGCUCGGUGGACGUCCGAAUCCAUGACUACAAAGAAGGGACUCCAGAAGAGAAGACGUACUAUAUUGAGCUGUGGGAUGUUGGAGGUUCAGUGGGUAGUGCCACUAGUGUAAAAAGCACGCGAGCAGUAUUUUAUAACUCACUGAAUGGAAUAAUUUUAGUGCAUGACUUAACCAACAAGAAAUCAUCCCAGAAUUUGUAUCGCUGGUCUUUGGAAGCACUCAACAGAGAUGUUGCUCCAACAGGAGUUCUUGUGACAAACGGUGACUAUGACCGUGAACAGUUUGCUGAUAACCAGAUUCCACUGCUGGUAAUAGGAACUAAGCUGGACCAGAUCCCAGAAACUAAGCGUAAUGAAGUUUUGACCAGAACAGCUUUCUUGGCUGAGGAUUUCAAUGCUGAAGAGAUCAAUUUGGAUUGCACCAAUCCCCGUUACUUGGCGGCAGGUUCUUCCAACGCUGUCAAGCUAAGCAGAUUUUUUGAUAAGGUCAUAGAGAAGAGAUACUUCUUAAGAGAUGGCAAUCAGAUUCCUGGCUUCUCGGAAAGAAAGAGGUUUGGAGGAGGAACGCUGAAGAGCCUUCAUUACGACUGAACAUUGAAGGAGAAGUGGAACAUGACUUCUCUGAGUUUCUGACCACAUUCCCAUUCCCACUGGAUGCUUAAAGACAAUAAUUCUUAUGUCAAGCAGAAUAAAAUGGAAUCAUGAUUUGGCUGGAUAGACUGCUGAAGCUACUCUUGCUGGAAAAGACUUGAAGAAUUUCCAGAAAUCUAAUUUGAAACCUAGAGUCUUUCUUAGGAUUGCGGGCCGUCUGGAGAUACGGGAACAUUUGGGGAAAAUGUGCAAUAAAUUCAGUGCCUCCCACACUGCUGUGGGAAACUAUCAUGCAUAGCACAUAUAUUUGACAUCUUUUUCUCUAUUUUGGAAGCUUAUGGACAAUCUUUGCAUUGAAUUUCAUUCAUCUUACCUCCAUCAGAAAGAUAACACUGAAUGGGCUUCUUAUUUGUAGUAAAGUGAACAAAACAAAUGAGCAAAACAUAAGAAUGGGUAAGGAAUGGUCUGGAAAAUAAUAGAAUGUCAUUAUUAAAUGAAUGGUGUUGUCUCACCUGAAACACACUCUACAGGCCUAUAUAAUAGAAGGGAUAAAAACAAUAGAUGAGAGAUGAAAAAAGGAGUUGAAGCCUAAAAAAAUUCACAAGUGGAAAAGAAGUGGUAUUAAUUCUGCUGCUUAAAAUCAAAUUGUUUACGCUGGAGAGGAAAAAGUGAAUUGGAUACUCCUGUUUUUCUUUACAAACCUGAGUGUCUUGUUCUUAAGUUAAAAGGCAAUACAUUGAAAAAUGCUGGAACAAGUGUGGUCUUACACAGUGCUUAUGUGGAACAUAUGCGACGUGGUCUUACUGAGCCUGAACACUGAGUAGAUUCAGAAAACAUGAAAUAUAAGAACAUCCAGUGCUGAAUUAGAAUGGAUAGAAAUUUAAAAGGGAUAUAAAGGCCUGUAAGGAGUAGAAACUGAGUACAAUUAGAAAGUAAGUUAUUUGAUAAUAUGUUUCCUUUUCAUAUUAAUGCUAAGGACACAAGACUGUCCACUUGGGGUGGUCUCCUCUACUGUGGAAGCUGCUUGCGAAAUAGCCCGAGCUCCCCAGAAUUAGAUGGAGUGUUGAAAGCCAGAUUCAUAGCAGUUUCUUCUUUCCCUUUCCUUUCCCCUCCUUUCUUGUAGUCACUGCUAAUGGUUAAGCCUCUGGCAAAGGCUAACUAGAAGCUGGAGUUAGAUAUAAUUACAGAUUAAUAAUAAAUGGGGUAGGAGGAAGUAAAAUGCUGGUGUGAAAAUGACAGUGAGCGGAGUUCUGCAGUCUCCAGAUUACAUCUGCCUGCAGCUCUUCCCUAGCAGCUGCUUGGAAAUAAAUGGAAAGCUGCCUAUUGCCACUAAUCAGGACAAAAAUGACAGCUAGGUGCACCAGUCAAAAUUACUAAAAAUAUGGAUACUUUACUUUUCCUUAGGCCAUUUCCAGAAAGGUCUCAGAACGUUUGCAAAUGUGAGUGCAUUAUGUUUAUGGAUUCCUGUACGAAAUAGGUUGUUAGUUUACAAUUACUUUAUGGCCAAGAAAAAUAAGGUAGCAAAUAUUAUUAGCAGAAAACUCAUGUCUGAGCUAUGCAGCUCAUGACAGCAUGAAUGUCUGUCUCUGCUUCUUUGACAAUGAAAGCUGGAAUUAUUUUCUCAAGGUCAGAUUCUGUCUUGUGGAGCUCUGGAGUCCCUCCUGUUACCAAGGAGCUGUAGAGGACGUCAAGAAAGCUAGGCCUGUUUUCUCCUUCACCCUGUGGCUUUAAGAGAAUUGAGUGUUGCAGAGUAAGGAAGGCUGUUCAGUUUAAGAUGCUGCAUGAAGCAACGGUUGCACAGGUCUUUGAUAUGGAAGCAGCAGCUUUCCAAAGCAGCUUUUCCUCUUCACUUAAUAGUAAAGGAGCAUUGCUUAGCAUGCUGUAGGGUAAGCUCUAGUUGCAACUCACCUGUGUUUGAGUGUUUCACUCCUGAGCCUCCACAAAGAAGAAACAAAGCCAGUGUGAGAAACCUUGUGAUGGUCAGUUCACACUGCGGGAGCAGGACUGGAUGCACAGGUCCUAUGCGUCAGGGGAACUGAAGGCUAUGACAAUCAGGAUGUAGGAACAAAUGAGAAAUAAGUACUCUUGUGGUAGAAGGAAGAGAAGAUAAAGGACCAGUACUGAGGAAAACUGUGGAGCAUGUGGGCAAGCAGUAGAAGGUUAGCAGGUUGACAGAGUUUUCUUGAGGCUGUGGCUCCUGAUGGAGCUGAGCUGUUUGUCUGGGCUCACUCAUCCAGCUCUGAGCCAUAAAACUCAGGCUGGCCUAAAAGUGUCUGAACACCAGUUUAAACUUGUCACCCAAAAGAGCUGUGUUCGUCUUCCUCCCAGAUAUUCAUUGUCCAGGCCAGGUUAUUUCCAUCCACUGUUGAACGAACUGACUUGCUGCAUGGUGUGACAAGUGACAUCAUGGUCAGUGUUGCUGUCUCCUCUGCAAAGUGAAGCAUGCUUCCCUGGAGGCAUGGCUCUGAUGUAUCUGUUUAUCAAACUGUAGUGCUUUCAAUACAUUGGGAAUUAAAGAAUUUACCUUUUUUAUUUUA